CACGUAAAUACUAUCAUGAUCUUGUCAGUUACUAUCAUAUCCCUAUAUUGAAACUUAGUUGCUGUGUGUUUAAACUUGGUUUCAAGUAUUGAUAAAGUGAAAAAAUGCCUAAUAUGUUGCUACAUAUCGUAAUAAACUUACAGAAGAAUGUCCUUAGUAUUUUGCUUAACUUGACAAUAAUCUAUUGUAUUAAAAUUCAUUGAGCAAGUUUUAGAAUUAAUGCUCAACAUAAGAGUUUAUGAAGCAAGUUUCGGUUAAUUAUAGCAAAAUUUUGACAAAAUUCUUUAUCCUCUAAUAAACCUGUUUUCAAUAUAAUAAAUCAAAGAAGAAUAUGAUUUACAUAAAAAUUAUCAAUCUCAAUGCCUUAAUGAUCGUUAACCUUUUUUAUUUGGGCCUUAUGAUUAUAAAAGUUUCUUUAAAAAUGAGUUAUUUAUCUUUUGUCAACUUUUGUUCACUCCGAAUAGUUUGUCUUGAAUCAAUUGGGAUUCAUUUGAAGAAUAAAGCUGGCAACUUCUUUGCUAAUGCUAAGCUCGACAUUAGAUGGUAUAAGACUAAGCUUAAGGCAGAGUUUAAUUUAGUUUUGGAUACACUGUUUGAUCAUUGUGAAGAACAAUAACAACUGUUGCGUUGUAGAUGGAAUGAUGAGUGUUGUUAGCAUAUACAUGUCAGUUGAAACAAUAUGCUAGGUAACAUACAAUCAACUAGAUUCAUAACACUGCACAAUACAAAUUCUUAAUGAUUUUCUAUCAUUCAAAAUCAGCAGCUUUAAUCUAAACUCAGCCUUUGAUAGUAGAACUGAAUUGACUGAUUGCUUCACCUGUAUUUCUUGAUACUACUAACUCAUUCUCGAUUUCGACUCUCGCAAAGCGCGAUAUAGCAUUCUAAGUCGACAGAAAUGCUCUCUACACCAUCUCCUAUUCUUGGGGCUAUAUAUACUUUUCUAUUCAAUUUGUACUGGCAGUCGUAAAUUUGUUGUCAGACACAAUCUCAUCUGAUUGUGCUGCUUGCCAGGGUUCUCAUUACACCGAAUCAUUUUCAAAAUGAAGAUGUAAAUUGGCUGGACAGGUUUUUGCUACAAACAAAUUCUAUGACAGACCAGUUAGCAAUAACCGUAACAGUCUGUUAUGUUCGCGUGAACAUAUGAUUUUGGGCGCCAUUAAAAGCAAAAAAACAUCGAUUCAUGGUAUAUUUGAUAUAUUCAUUACAUAUUUGAUGCAUGUUAAUAUCUUAGUAAGUGACUUGGUAGAUCUGAGCAUAUUCAAUCAAACGAAAACAUGCUUUUAGAUUCAAUUUAGAGUGAUAAUAGUGCAUUGGCAAAUUGAGUCCUUUUUCAUAUAAUUUUAUCUAGUGAAAUCUUACAUCAAAUAAUUUGAAGGUUUUUUGGAUAGUUAAGCUUGCUAUGAUGAGGCGACAAAUCAUCAUAAGCUAUUCUAAUUGCUUUUCAAGGGAACCUCAACGAAGCUUUAUUGACAUAUCUUUCUGUAUAAGCUGUUGGUUUUCAAGCAAAUCCCUCUCAAAAGCUGCACAUUUUAAGACAUAAACACCAUUACAGAAACAUUUCCUUUUUAAGUUGUUUAAUGGAAAUAUCGUAAAGUCAAGGAUUAUAUAUUUUUUAAACGGCUUAAAUUCUACGCGAGCCCUGACAGUAGAUUGAAAAUCAAAGGUACACAUGACGAAAUACUUUAUAAUUCACUGUUGUGUUAACCUUAAAGAGGAUUGUCUUCUACUCUAGCUGUUAGAGGAUCGAAUUAAUCAGGUCCUACCUGAGAUGAUUCUGAUUGAGUGAUUAGACAGAAAAUAAGAACAAAACCCUAAAUUUAGUGAGGAUUAUCAUAUUCAAAUGAAACGCUUGUCUCUUUGUUGAUACAUUUUUAGUAUUUGAUGAGUGUAAAUGUAUCUUAGAUAAAGUCAGAUAGACAAUGAGAAAGCACAAAACAAACUUUUUGAUUAAAUCGUCAUUAAAGAGAGCAAGCUAGAUGGUUUUCAAUGUUGGAAUUCUGAAAAAAAAGCCGAAUGACAACGCAAACGGGUCAUUGUGUAGUUUACAAAAGUGUAGUAUUCAAAUAGCUUAAGUGUACUACAAAAGUAUAUAUCCAACAACUUUGCAUUACUAUCGUUGGAAACAGCAGUAUAUCAAGCCGAUUCUUUACUAAAAUAAAUACAUAGCCUCAGCAGACGGGAGAGUAUCUAAAUAUUAGGUAAAGAGCAGUAGCAGUGCCUUUGGAUACUUGACUCUCAAAUCAAUGCUAAAUAUUUCACUCCUUUUUUCUUCGAAAUACUUCGUGCAAAUUUAUCGAAGCAUUUUUACAUCUGCGAUUUGGUUGAGGCUUUGCUUUUUCCUAAAAAUUUAUCAUUUGCAUUAGUAAAAACUUAUUUACUUGAAACAUGCACAUUUAUGAAGAGUGACUUUUAUUUGGUAGAAUAAUAGUGAACAUCUCUUGAUUUAUGAUAUGCAAGUAUCAUAAAAUGUUAUCGUAUUAUAGUAUGCAUCAUGUUAAAAAUUGCUACCCUAGGAGCCAUUUUUAGCGCAAAAAGAGCGCUUAGCGUUCACGAUGGGUGUUCACCUACACAGAGAUCCGAAGACUCAUAGCUUUUUUCAUUUUACUUUGUAUACACAAAGUGGCAUUGAUCAUAAUCCCAUCUUCUAACGUCGUUUAAGAAAAACAUGUUUGAUCCGUUUGGUAACCAGACCGAGGUUUGCAAACGCCGUUUGGAUAUUGCUAGCAGAAACCUUUGUAAUGAAUUAUGGGUAAUUUCCUACAUAUAUCCUGCGUGCUAUUUGCACUGCACUUAAAGUUGUGAGGUUUUUAAAAGUAAUCUUGUAAUAUCUAAAGAAUGGGAGAAUCUCAAGAAUGGAACUUGAGACGUUUCAAAAAGUGAAAAUCAUUUUAAGGAACAGAAUCUAUGAUAUAAUUUGAGGCAGUUGAAAAGAAUGUUUCUGGAACAAACGUUUCGCUUUAAGCAGGUCUUGAUAUUUUUGUUAUAAUCGGACAAAUAUCCCUAAGGCUUUUUAAUGGAAUCUGCCUUUAAAUCGGUAUAACCAUUGUAUCAGCCAGAGCACUUUGCAGUCUUGAAGCUGCCUCUAGCUGGACACAUAAUUUGAAGCUGCCUCUACCUGGACACAUAGCGGUCACAAAUCACUUAAUCGUGUACAGAAGGAACACGAAUAUUAUAUCACGUGAACCUUUCUACAGGAGAUAGAUCUGCCUUCUUUUCCUGACAAUUUCAUCAGUUGUGAUAUCCAAUUUCAUGCAGGAUGGCAUUGUCGUUACGUGCGUCUUAGGAAAUUCCAAACUUUUGCUCAAUACUCUCAGCAGAGGAUUCUCAGGUCAGGGUUGUUGGACUCCAAGAAAUGAAAAGACGCUAUAAACUUCCAAAUAACGGGCUUAAUUCAGCUUUUUAGCAAAAGGUUCAAUAUUUUCACAUUUUUCGUUUAUUUGUAGCUAAGAUGUGUCUAAAAUGACAGCACACAAAGCUGAUAAAUCUUGAAAGACUUGUGAGUAACACCUGCCUUAAUUUUUUAAGGCUCAUUUUGCUAAAGAGUUGAAUUUGCAUUGGUAAAUAAGUUCUUUACUAUUUCUAUAGUCUAUAGGAAAUUGAAAUCUGCUGGCCUAAGCAUAUUUGUCACCCACUGAAAAGAAAUCAAAUUUUUAAAGAUGACCAAAAUAUAGUCAGCGGUAGACAUUUUCUGGUGUCGAUGGCAACUGAAUAAAUGCCUCCCUCCAAUUCCAUAUGACUCAGAAAUUUCAGCACAAAAUUUCGGCUUAUUAAAUGCAGGUAUUAAAGGCUCUUGCGCAACCGGCAUGCUUAGCGGCAGCUGUCUUGUGAAAUUAAUUGUGUUUUGUGUUUUCAGGUAGUACGAUAUUAGGCCGGUUUGAAAAUAUAGCAGCAAAGCAUGCUGGUUGCGCAAGAGCCUUUAAGAAGAAACCCAGUACUUGGGUAUACAGAAUUGCUUCCCAUUCGAAUGAUUGUGAUGCUUUGAUUGGUGUUAAAAUCGAUUAGCAAGUUCGCAGCAAAUUAAUCCAAAUUAGUACAGUUGGUGAUCACUAAAUAACCUCUGUUUCCAAAAACCUCAGAGCAUUUUCCAAUGUUAUCAUCCCUCAUCCUUUCACAAUCUGUUUUCUAAACUUUUAUACAAUCUGCAAAAGAAGCGCUUAUAAAAGUUUUCUUAAAACAAAUUUGAAAAGAAAAAUAUACCAGGCUUUUCCAUUUAUUGUUUAUUUCCCUGUUUUCUGAAAACAUUUAUCAGAUAAUAGCAAUGCCAAGACUGACUGUUGACUUACACUAAUCAGAAACCGAUGUCGUGCUAGGAGCUGUUUCCUAUCGCCAACCUAACGUGAUUUCCUUGAAUGCUUUUUGAUUAGAUAUCUUUAUCAUCAUUUUCCGUGUUACAACUAUUGUUGGAAAGGAAAACGUCGCUCGCUCAUUUAUGGCGAAUAGCUGGAGAAAGCAGUUUCCUUGAAAAACCUAUCUCUAUUUGAAUAAAACCACAUCUAUCGUGACCGCAUACUCAUUGCUCGGCACGAGUACAGAUGCCAUUGCAUCAAAGACUACCUGAAACGGCACCUCAUUCAGUUGACACAUUGGCUUUGUGUGCUGUCAUUCCAGUCCCGACACUGCCUGGCAUUAACAGUUGGUUUGGAUUAAAUUCUUCAUAAAGAAUCGAGAUAUUCAAAAGUGUGAACAGCAAAUUGGUCUGCAAAAGAACAAGAGAUCUCCACACACAAAGGAUUAGUCGCAUUUUCGCUGUAAAUCUUCGACUAAGCCCAGGAUUUACAACGUGUUUGCUACACGCUCAUUGAAAAUGGCCUGGCCCUACAACAAUAUGCCAUCAUACCCGCCAAUGCCUCCAAAUUGUAUGGGCUUUCCUGGAUACCCAAGCGUCAAUCUGCAUUACCCACUCGCCCCAAGCUGUGCAUUUCCAAGAAAGCAAAGAAGAGAACGAACAACAUUUACGAAAGCCCAACUCGAAAUCUUGGAAGAUUUGUUCUCAAAGACCCACUAUCCUGAUAUUUUUAUGAGAGAGGAAGUUGCAAGAAAAAUAAACCUUCCAGAAUCGCGUGUACAAGUAUGGUUCAAGAAUAGACGUGCAAAACACAGACAGAAGGCCAAACAAGAAAAGGAGAAAAACAAAAAGUCAAGCGUUUCAAAUUCAAGUGAUAAACUCAGUGAUUCAGCAUCAACUGGAACUGCCAGUCCUGUGAGUACCCCAAACACAUCUACAAGCUCAAGCUACAAGACCACUGUCACUUCUAGCAACGCAACUACAUCAUCAAGCAGCAUUUGGAGUCCGGCAUCAUCUAAAGUAUAUAGCACAAUAUCGGACCCGCAAAGGAGCUUCCAGUCUUCACCAGUCCUAAGUCCCUGCGCAGGAGGAAGCUCUACCUCAUAUCAUGGCUACUUGUCCUCCCAAACUAGCAACUCCCAACGUUACUGUGGAAGUAGUCAGGAUUAUGCAUCCUACAUGAACAUGUCUGGUUUGAAUGGUAUGCAAGUUAAUCCGCAUGUUCCAACUCAUCCUAAUCCAGAGAUGCUGGAAUUCCAAGAUUACCACACACAGGCAUCUAAUACUUCGUGGGGUUACGGUGCAACAAUGUAGAGAAAUCAACCUCGUUCUGGACAUUGUGUUGGACAUUUUAUUGUGUCAUCGACUGUUGGUUGGAAGAGUGUUAUUGUGUACCAUUGUCCCGCUUUGGCUGAUCAGUUCGAUCGAUUAGGGGCCUGUUUUUAUGGAGAAAAUCAUCCCACCUUCCAGCCUGUGAGCUGAGAGGUGAUAUCGCACUCUUCUAAAGAAUCCUUUGUGUUUUCGUCUUGCGUUUAUAUAAAAAACAAGCCAGUCCGGUUAAGUGAGAUCCCACUGCAUGGGAGGUGGGAUCUCACUGAGGUGGGAUGAGUUUUUUCCAUAUGAGCACUGGAAGGUGGGAUAAAACUGGAAGAUUGGAUGAAAUGAUAAUAUAAACGCGAUCAAAUUUCGUCCCUUUUGUCAGCACACAGGCUGGAUGGUGAAAUGAUUUUCUUCAGAUACAGCUGGAAGGUGGGAUAGAAUCUGCAUGUAAACAUUCGAAGAUUUUAUCCCACCUGCCAGAUUAUGGGCUGAGAGGUGGGAUAAAUUUGCUCAUAUAAACAGGCCUCAAGUAGAUGAAUUGUUAGCUUGACGCAAAGGUGAAGGCAGCCAUGUUUUUCAGUUAAUUCAAAUUUAGAUUUGAGUCAGCCAAACCUUCGCUUAUUACCUCAUCCAUUCAUGACAGGUUUGCACAUUGAUUUUAUCUCCCGUUCUCUCCUCCACCUCCCUUUUCAUUUCACCAAGCAAUAUCCUAAUUUAAAGUUGUCACAGUGAUUUGUUCAUAUGACUUACUGAAUUUCAUACAAUGAAGAAAUUCUGCAAUACCAGAUAAGUGCAAAAUCAAAGAAUUUGGAGUUCAAGUUAAAGUACAAACAAAAUUUAUUUAGAACAAGAGAUGUUUGGAGAAAUUAAUCUAACUUUGUUUUCUUUUCGCGACAAAUGCGCAGUCCCAAAGCCAGAUGAGCCUAAUAAAUAGGCGGGAAAUUUUCUCAGCUCAUUUCACGUGACCAGUGAUGACGAGCAAUUUGACUAAUUUAUACACUAACGUCCAUUGUAAGGCCUUAAGACGUGUGAAUAUUUCGAAUUAGCUUAAGAUAUUUUUCAUUUAGAAUUUAUUUAAAUGACACAGAAAACCUUAGAAUGUCAGUUCAACAAGAUUUUUUAAUGAGCAUUGAUGUUUGUUUUCUUUGGCAGAAUUUAAGUCACAUCACGAUAAUAGUGAAGACUGCCUGAGUGUUCUAGUAGGUAAAGUUUGUCUUGUUCUAGGUAAAGAUUUUUUAUAAAGACAUUUGCAUGUCACCGAGCCAAGUUUAAAGGGCAAAUUACUCAUAGCUUAAACAUCUCACAAAACUUUUUAGUUAGUAAUUUAGCUUUAUACAGAAAUAGAUUUUUUUAAUUUGUGUCAAAAGUAGGAAUUGAUCAAAAUGAAGCGAUGAAAGCAAUUUUAGUCAUCUGUUUAAAACUAAAAGGGGAAUAUUGAAGAAAUUUUAGAAAAAAUUCGGCCUCGUUUGCUUUAUGAUGUUAGGGAAUGCUCUAUGCUAGAUUAGGCCCCAUAAACCCCCCUUUCCUAAAAACUGCACCCUUUCUUAUGAUGUAUGAUAUAGUUGUGAAGGCAUACUUAAUCUAAGAACGUUUCAAAGCUUUGCUCUUGGUAGAGCCAAUAUGUCUUUACCAUGUUUGUUUUUAAUCGUUUGUAUUUAUAACCAAAUGUAAUUAAUGGUGUCAUUCAAGAUUGAAAAUAGAUAUGAUAACAAAUGAUGAUAUUCCUAUGAAAUGACAUCGAGUCUGCUUGUUUAUAACAUGUGUGAAUGAGGCUUGUUAAUACACAUAUUACAUUGUUGUG